AUGCUCGUAGGAACGCGACUCGCUCGCCACAGGCACACAGGCACGCUCCUGUACGAGGGCCCGCUGCCGCCGUACCCCGGCACGUUUUACGGCAUUGCAUGGGACAGUGCCGAGCAUGGCAAGCAUGACGGCACGGCGCCAGAUGGCACGCGGUACUUUGCGUGUGCGCCAGGGCACGGCACGUACCUGGCCGCGACCGCCCGCAUCGAGUGGGGCGUCACGUUUGUCGAGGCGCUGCGUGAGAAGUAUGGCGAUCGGUCGGAUCUGCGCACGGUGAGUCUCGUAGGGCCGCCACCGCACGGCCCCUCCGAUCCGUCCUGCGUGUAUGUGGCCAAGGCCGUGCCGGAUGGAUACGACGGCGCCUUGCCACGCACCAUCACCACGCUGGACCUAUCGCGAUCGCUCUUGUCGAGUUGGGACGAGGUCGCGCGCAUCGUGCGUGCUAUGCCGCUGACGAGCCUCACGCUCCAGCAUGUGCGCCUGCGCCCCGCGGCGUGUGUGCCCUGUGUCUUUGCGCACCUGGAGCAUCUGUCUCUUGGCGACUCGGGCACCGACUGGGCGCAGAUGGCCGUGCUCGCGCGCGCGAUGCCGCGCCUGGCGUCGAUCGAGCUGGCAAGGAAUGGGAUCACGACGCUCGCGUCCGUCGACGCGGACAUGCCGCAUGUGCAUACCCUCCAGCUCGAGGGCAACGCCCUCGGUGCAUGGCCCGACGUGCUCCGCGGUGUGCGUCGCCUGCCGCGCCUGCAAAAGCUGGUCCUCACGGGCAAUCCGCUGGAGCGCAUGCCGCGCGCGUCCGCGCCGACGUUGCCGGCGCUCUGCGACGUCCACGUCGACGAUACGCCGCUGGACUGGGACGACGUGCAGGCGCUCGAGACGCACCUCGCGUCGCCUGCAUGGUCGCUCGUGUACGACCGCGACGAUCGCAUCGAGGCGAUAGGCCGUCUCGCGAAGCUGACGUGCCUGAACCACACGCCGAUCACGCCCGAGGAGCGCGUCGACGCGGAGCGAUACUACGUCCAACGGCCGCGUCCCGGCGAUGCGCGGUACGAGGCGCUCGUGCGUGUGCAUGGCCCACCGGCACCGGCGUCGGUAGCGUCUAUGCACGACAAGCUGCUGACGAUUUCGUAUGUACAUGCCGCUACGCCGUACGAGGCUGCGUGGGACAAGGCCACGUCGCUCGCGCUGCUCAAGACGAUGCCGAUGCGCCUCGUGCAUCGGCGCCUCGUGCAACUGUGCGGUGCGUCGCCGUCCGCGGCGAUCUGGGCCGUCCUGCGGUCUGAUCGCGAGCCGAUCGUGAUACCCCUGGAUGAUAUGAUGCGCGACUUGGCGUGGUUCGGCGUGGCGUCAGGCGACAUGCUCGUCGUCGUCGACUAG